AUGGGCUGCAACGUGUGUCUCUGGCUGCUGAUCUCUCUCGGCCGUGUUUGGGGCACGGGCCGUGGGACGAGGGAGACGGUGUUGGGCACCUUGGGGAAGGCGACGAUAUUGCGGAUCCCCCUCCAUCUCCAGAAACUCACUCUGAACUUUGGGGCAGCCGUCUGGAAGCGGGACACGGAUGACCCGCACAGGAAGCUCGUCCUACUCAAGUACCUGGAUGGCAACUACACCAACUACAUGCAGAGACAAACUCGCUUCCACAAGUCGGACUUCUCCCUGGAGAUCCUGAACACCAGCCGGCAGGACAGGCAGCUCUACGAGUACAUAGCCAGCACGGGGUCGGAGGAGACAGUCUGGCAGAUACAGCUGGAGGUGUAUGAGCCGGUGUCUGAUCCCAGCAUCCAGAUCCUCGGCUGGGCGCUGGCCAACGGCAGCUGCAACGUCACCCUCAACUGCACGGCAGAGCGGGGGGACAACGUCUCCUACAGCUGGGGCAGGCAGGACACCAACACCUCGGGGCUCUGCUCCCGCAACGGCAGCCUCCUGCACCUCUCCUACAUCCUGCAGAACACAAGCAUCACCUGCGCCUGCACGGCCAGCAACCCCAUCAGCAGGCGGGUCGUCACCUUCAACUCCUCUGAGUGCAGCUACGAGCAAGGGGGCAGCGCCGGGCUGAGGACGGAGCAUCUCGUGCUGAUGGUGGUGGUGCCCGUCGCUGCAGUGAUGCUGCUCACCGGGGCCUUCGUGGCCACCCGUUCAGCCAUGCUCAUCGCCGGCCAGAGGCGGGAUCGCUCGCCGCUUACCGAGGACAGCGCGGUGCACACCAUCUACUCCCAAGUGCAGCGGGUGGAGGUGAGCCACGACCAGCACGUGGGCUUUUGGCCACUGGGUGUCAACACAGCCCCGCGGCUGGUGAAGGAGAGGGUGAAACUUCCCUGCUCAGUGCAAACCGGGGAGGAAAUGGUGGGUCCAGGUGGGGUGGAGGGAGGGAAGGGCCCCCGCGGCGAGCUGCCUGCUGCUGCUCAUCCUUCACUCUCCAUGCAGAAGCAGAAAGGGGCCCCUGCCGCUGAGCAUCCCUCCUGCACCACCAUCUACGCUGCAGCCACCGGCCUGCCCCCGGACACGGCCCCGGCCCCUGGCAGAGCCCUGCGACCCCCGUGCAGCCCCCUGGCAGAGCCGCCCAUCCCACAGGGCCACCCAUCCCUCUUGCAGAGCCCUGACAAGGAGCCCACGACAGUUUACGCCAGCGUGAUGAUGCCCGUGGCCUGA